UGGUAACUGUUAUUCUGUCAUGGCGGCAGUUAUUUUCUUGAACGGAAUUUGUAAUGUUGCAGAGCGCAUAAAACAAUUGUUUUACUGAAGAACUUUCAUAGCUCAUUUGUCGCAGUUGCAUUAUGCACAAUAUUCAAAAGUAUAACGGACAAUUUUGUUCUGUUUACAAGUGAAAUAUAUACUGUACAAAAUAUUUGGCAAAAUGCAGAGUCAAGAUAUACUUAAACAUGCUGCAGAAUUUAUUGAAGAUCGACUCUACUUUGUAACAUUGAGCAAUGAUGAGCAGUCGAGAACAACAUCUACUACACAUUGUUUUUCAAUUGAGAAUGUGUUACAUUAUGAAAGCUUUUUCAAUGACUUUGGCCCACUCAACAUCUCAAUGCUGUACAGUUACUGUAAUAGGCUAAACAAGAAAUUAAGCUCCGCAUCUUCUAAACAUAAACGCAUUGUCCAUGUAACAACAGAGGAUAAAAAGAGCCGAGUGAAUGCAGCUUGCUUAAUAGGAUGCUAUGCUAUCUUAUAUCUGGACUUUACUCCACAGAAUGCUUAUGAAGUGUUGAAUAAGAAAAACGUUUUGGAAUUUAUUGAAUUCAGAGAUGCAUCUGUUGGUGAACCGUACACAAUUUCUCUGAAAGAUUGUCUAUAUGGAUUUCACAGAGCAAAGCAAUAUGGAUUUUUCCAUUUCAGUAAUUUCAAUCAGACUAUGUAUGAGCACUACGAGUAUGUGGAGAAUGGUGACUUGAAUUGGAUUGUACCGGAUAAAUUUAUUGGUUUUUGUGGGCCGCACAACAAAAGCAGGAUACACCAUGGGUACCCUUUACAUGCACCCAACUUUUAUUUUAAUUAUUUCAAGACAAAUAAUGUUAAGGCCAUUAUAAGACUAAAUAAGAAAAAUUAUGAUGCUGAAAAAUUUGUUGCUGCUGGGUUUAAGCACUAUGAUUUGUACUUCCUUGAUGGUAGUACUCCAAAUGACAAGAUUUUGCAAGAAUUUUUGAAAAUAUCUGAACAAACAUCUGGAGCUUUAGCAGUCCACUGCAAAGCUGGUUUAGGCAGGACUGGAACUUUGAUCGCUUGUUACAUCAUGAAACAUUACCGCUUUGCGGCUAAAGAAGCCAUUGCUUGGAUUCGAAUGUGCAGACCUGGAUCUGUUAUUGGCCAUCAACAAGUAUGGUUGGAAAGCAAGCAAGAGCAAAUGUGGAAGGAAGGAGAGGCUUUUCGCAGGGCGAAGGCACUUAAUAGCCCUCCAUAUCACGAGAAGGGUAUCUAUGCUGAUGAUGUGGUAGAAGAGGAUGAAGAUGAGUUGUCACCGGAAGUAUGCCGUAUUUUAAAGACCGUGCAUUUAGAGAUGCUCGAAAAGGAUGUGUUUAAAUCUUCGCCGGUACAGAAAUCUUCGUUGAUGACUCAAGGUGAUACCUUGAAUCAGAUCAAAGCCAUGAGGAGGCAGUUCAAGCCCUUGGACACAAGGCGGAUCAAUGAGUGGAAUGUAUCGCCAAUUGUAAGAUCGUCCAUAAAUAAGGUGUCACCUGUUAUGACUAUAAAAUCGCAUAUAUCUCCUGCAACAACACGAUUAAUACGAACUAAAAGGACUGAUGGGACAACUAAUCUGGAUAUGCAAAGAAAGUUGUCUUCGACUUCUGAAGGCAGUUCUACCACAAACGGGACUGAGAUUUUAGAAGAAACCGGCACGGAUUCCGAAGAAAAUCAGGAGAAGCGCACCAAAAGAACGUUGAUCGCAGGGAAGGAAAAAUCCGUAACUUCGGUUAAACUUCUCAGAUUAUCAAAUCCAUCUAGCAAAACGUCUGGUAGGAUUAGUCUCAAAAAUAUGACUUAGCGUUUAUCCUGCCAAGUGCAGUAAAGCACCUGACAUAAUUUGUAAAUAUUUUAUGUAAAGUACUUAAAGACCAGGCUAUUUCAAACAUACAUUUGUGCAAUUUAGUUUUUAAAGUAUUGCUUGACUAUAUUUACAUGUUUUCGAUUCAUUUAAUUAGGGAUAUUCACAUAUCACCGUACUAAUUUCAAAUUUUAUGUACAGACAUACAUAGUGUUUCAUAGAAAUUCCUUUUAAUUCACAAUGGCAUUUUUCAUAGUUUUUAUAUUGAAAAUUUUACCCUUACAUUGCCAUUGUAAUUAUAACUUUUGGAAUCAUUGAACGACAUAUAUACUGGAUGAUUUUUUUUUAACAAUAUACAAAAUUCGAUUUCUUAUAAUCGUAUAUAAAUGUGCCUAGAGUUUACGAGAAAGCAUUUAGAGUAGUGAAAGUAACAU